CAAUAACACAUUCAAUGAUGAAGAAGAAGUGGACGACAAGAAUAAAGAGAAAUACAAAGAAAUUCAGGCCAACGAAGGAAUGGACAAAACGCUGACCGAUAAUGAACUGAUAGCUCAAUGUGUGUUGUUUUUUCUGGCCGGGUAUGAGACAUCCGCCACGACUAUGGCGUUAUGUCUCUAUAAUAUCGCCAAACAUCCAGAAGUGCAACAAAAACUAUAUCUCGAGUCCAAGAGAUACUACGAGGAAUUCAAAGGCGUUGAUUACGAUGUGUUGCAUUCAUUGAAAUACUUGGAUGCAGUCAUUCAAGAAACCCAACGACUAUUUCCUGCGGCUGUCUUUCUCGAGAGGGUUCCCAAUCAGGACUACGAGCUGAGAGGAACGGGCAUUACCAUCAAAAAGGACGAUAUCGUCCACAUUCCCACGUAUUCCAUCCACAGAGACCCGGAACACUUUGUCGACCCGGAAGUGUUUAGACCGGAAAGGUUUUUGGCGGACAAUAUAUCACACCAUCCCUACGCGUAUUUGCCGUUUGGCGCCGGCCCUCGAAAUUGCAUCGGAAUGAGAUUGGCUCAGAUGGAGAUCAAGUUGGCCCUCAUCAGUGUUGUCCACCAAUUUCGGUUCUACCCGUCAGAGAAACCAUUGGAGUAUUUCUUCACCGGAGGGCUCAUUGUCCCCAAAGCUGUGGACGUGAGGGUCGAGAGACGGGCUUAAUCUCAAUCAUACACUUCAUUGAACAUUAUACCCGUAUAUUAGUUGUCAGCAUAUAUUUAGUAAUUUAAACAAGCAACAAUUCUGUAAGUUAUUCUUUGAUAAAGUUGAGAAUACUGACAAAUAGAGUGCGCUUUCUACAGUGUAUAUCAUAGUAAAUCAACAUGUUCAUUA